UCAAGUGGAAGUCAGAGAAAAUACUGCCAUCUCGUCACCGGGAUCCCCGCCCCACAGCGGCCUCGGAGCUCGCGGUAACCUGCCCGCCAAACGCCCGCCCCACACAGACACACACAAACACACCCAUACCGUGCGCCGCAGCCUCGCGUGGCGGGGGUGGGGAGGAAGCGCUCUGAGAGAAAAAGGAGGCGGCUUCCCUUCAGACCGGAAGUCGUGCUCCCCCGAAAGUCUUCCCGCCCUCGGGCGACCUGGGGGCCGUCCAGGGAGAGUGUCCUGCACACUUCUGAAGUGCUCGGGCGCGGAGAGGAAGCCGGCGCUUUCCAGGACUGAAGUCGGUCGGGUUCCGCCGAGAAGCGAGCCCGUCACUCGAGGAGGAAAAUUCCGGAACUGGAUGUGAGCUGACUUCUCCGCGUGGAGCUUCUCGGAGCCAAUUAAAUGUUGUACCCAGUCUGGUUACCCGGGUAACAGACGUCGCCGUUCGUCUGGGACCGGAAAGAAGAGGUUUCAGAGGCGUAGUUCAUCAUCAGUUAUGGCGACAUCCUCAAAGGGUCUGCUCACCCAGAUUACUCAGUUCUGGAACCUCCUAGAUGAUCUGGCUGAAAGUGACCCAGAGGGCUAUAAAAAUUUCAUUCAACAGGAGCUGGAAGAGGGGAAACAGCUCUGUGCUGGCCCAGAGCCAGAGCUCUGUGUGCAGACCAGGAUUGUGAAGCCAAAAGAAAAAAUACUUUUUAUCAACUUGUGUCAGUGGAAGAGGAUUCCCACUCUCCAGUCAAGCAUGUAUCCAGUACCUCUAAGGAUGGGCAGGCCAGAAGACAUCUCUGAGGCAUCAGAUGAGUACACAGUAAUCAGUGCUGCCUACAAUCCCGAAGUCCUUCAGGCAAUAGAAAAGGACCAAGUGAAAAAAGAUCAGUUAAUAAAGAUGACUAUGAAUUGCAUUGAGGAACAAUUCCAGCUCACUCUCUCACACUCUUACCAUAUUACCAAAUUUAAAAUAAAAGGAAGCAUUCAAAGAAUGAAACAAAACCUGAUGGAAAUCCAAGCUGAUGUCACAGAUUUAAGACAGAAAAUAAGAAAGGAACACACUCUUGAACAGUUAAGAAACAGCACUGUGAACAAUUCAGAUAAUUUUCCUCAACUGUUACUGCCAAAAGACCAAGUUUCAGGCAAAGCAGGAUGUCUGAUAGAAGAGAUUUCUCGUACUGAAAUCCAAGUAGAGAGGAAGAUACCACUCUAUGACUUAAAAUUUUUGAAGGAUCACAAUGAAAAACCUAUGAAAAUUGAAUUGAAAGUUGACUUACCUGGUAUUAAUGAAGCCUCUCUCUGUGACCUUAGUGUUUCUGAGGAUGACUUAUUGAUUGAGGUCUCUGAGAAGUACAGACUGCAUCUGAAUCUUCCAGAAUCUGUCAAUACUGAAAUGACUACAGCAAAAUUUAUCAAGGAGAAAUCUUCAUUAAUCAUCACAAUGCCACUGAUAUAAAACAAUGUCUGAUUUUGGGUUUUCAGUGUCACAAGUCAUGUAAAUUACAUAACUUGUUAUAGGUAAAGAGUACCUUAUCUUAAACAUUCUUUGUCUUCUAAGAGUUCUUUUUAAUGGAGUGACAUUUUCCCUUCCCCUGUUAUAUUUUUGUCUUUUCCUUCUCAAAUAAACUUGGCACCAAUCAG